AUGAGUAAGAUCCUUGCACCAGGCCGUGUUGUCAUUCUCCUUUCAGGCAGAUAUGCCGGAAAGAAAGCCGUCAUUUCGACAGUGAACCUCCAAAAGUCGAAAGACCGUGAUUAUGGUUUCGUGACCGUUGUCGGCGUUGAGCGCGCCCCAUUGAAAAUCACCCGUGCUAUGAGUGAUACCGUUCAGCGUUUAAGAACUUCCGUUAAAGCUUUCUGCAAAGUUGUUAACGUCAACCACGUGAUGCCAACCAAGUACACCGUUAACCUUGACCAACUCUCGUUAAUCAAAGACGUCAAAAUAAACACCUUCGAAGCUGGAAAGCCAUACCCAAUCGCCACCAAAAAGGCUCUUAGUUCCCAAUUCGCUGAGGUCUACAGAAAUGGUAAGGAAAGCUGGCUGUUCACUAAAUUGAGAUUCUAA